AUGGCGUCGGGGAGCACACAUCUGGCCCUUCUGCGCAGCGGUGUCGUCCUCAGCGCGGUGGCGGCGGCGCUGUGCCUUUGCGCUACGGCGGGGCUGCCCAUUUUCCGGCUGAACGUCGACGUGCUCAACUCCUCCAUCACACAGUCAUUGUGGACGACGGACAUGUACACCCCUGCCGGGGAGAAGCACAUCGCUGUGAAGACGUUCGUGAAGGACUGCAGCGAUCUGGCGCUUGCGUUUCAGGUGGCACAGGUGUCCACUCUUGUCGGCAUCGGCGCCCUCGUUCUGGCCUUUGUGUGCUCAGGCUUUCACAUGUUGUCGACCUUCACGCGCUCAAGCUAUCGCGUGCGCGCCGUGUGUGGGGCGCCGAUUUGCCUUCUGCUCACGGUGGCGAUCGCUGCGGCCGGCUUGAACUGCUACAUCAUGCACGCCAUGUACGAGAACAACUGGUGUGAGAAGAAUGCCACCGUGUGCAUGGAAGCUACCGAGCCGGCGAUGGGUUUUGUUGUCAAACCGUCGAUUCUCCUCGCGCCCAAGACGCUUCUGCGCGAGGUUUCGACGGCCCACCGCUCCUUAACCCCCUCCGUAAACAUGAAGAUUGCCCUGUCGCGGGAAGCCGACAUCCUCGCCAUACCUCUGGUUAAGGCUACUGCUACCGGUUCAACUGGUGGCCUCUUCGGGGACUGCAACCCGUUCGACGGCUGCAUCAGCUCCUUCCGCAAAAUGGGGUUCACGGGUGCGGAAGGGUGGCAGACAGCAUGGGCAGCGCUGGCAUCGGCCGUCGCCGGAUUCUUCGCGGAGACGCUGGUGGUGAUCAUUGGCAGCCGUCGCACGUCGGAGGCCGGCCUGGGCGAGUCGGCCGUCGCACUGCUUCAGGGCGAGGACGAGCGGCUCCUGUGA